GUGAUACUUAAAAGCAUGUGUGACAUGAACAAAGUGUAAAUAUGAAAUUGUACUAAAUAAAUAAAAGCACACUUUCGUGAAAAAGAGAACUGGGGACGAUGAGAUUUCGCCGGGGCACCAAGCCAGAAUCGCCACAGGGGCGUGUCAUAAACUUACAUCUACAUGAGGUCUGUAGCCUACUUGAUUACAUUAUCUGUGAUAAUUUAAUCACGAAGUCUAAUCCUCUUAUGUCUACUAUUUUUUUUUUUUUUUUUCACUCUCAGUAGCUCAUCUCAUGUUUCAAGCAUUUCUGCAAUGUUACUUUCCAUCUCGCAUGUCACUACAUUUCACUUAACAGAUUUUUUCUCUCUCUCUCUGGCGCUUAAGUCUUUUUUAAAGUGAUUCGUUUAGCCAGAAACAUGUUUAAGAUAUGUACUACUUGUGAACGUCUAGUUAGAAAUGAAGUCAGCAAUUUUACCCACCAUAGAGGAAUUUGGUCAAAGAAAACAGCUGACUACAGUCAUGUGACAGCAGUAGACACUCUUGUCAUAUGACUUUAAUUUAGUCCCUCCCCGUGUUUUUAUUGGAGCUUUCUGCUAUCGUGAGUCGUCUUUGGCGUAAGCACAUUCACAUUAAACCGUUGCGUGAUCUCGUUUUGUUUUGGGAUUUUUUCCAGACGUAGAAGGUGUAUUGUCAUCUCCAGUGGAUGUCUGGUUUCUUUAGAUUACACUAUGUGGCUUCUUCUAGCUGGGUUCGUGCUGCUGGUGUGUGCUGCAGAUGCCACACCAGUUGGUGGCAGAACAGUUCCUGAUUUUGGAAAGAUGCAUCAUGUUAAAGGUCUGCUUUCCUUGCCGUAUGCUGAGAUAAAGGAACCAUUUGAAGCCUGGUACGACCUCAAAGGGAACAGAAGUCGAAUCGACUAUUAUCAUGGUACCGUGUGCACUUUUUUUAUUGGAAAUGACUUUGAUUAUGGUGCCACUUACAAGAUCACACCAGUCACCACUGAGACCGAAUUCAAUACUAUGAAGUGUUUCCAGCUUAAUGGUACCAAGGAGGAUCCAAUACUUCCAACGAAAGCACUGCCUGAUCUGCAGGGUUUUGAAUUUGAAAAGAUGGAGUAUUACGCAGGCAAUCUGUGUGAGGUCUGGAAAAACGUCACUCAGGUUGGCCAUAAGAAGAACACGUAUCGUCUGUGGGUCACACGUCCAGAGGGAAAUGAUUCCCCAGCCACCCCACACCACUAUGAGAUGAUGGGCUUCAAUACCCUUUUGGGGUCCCACUAUGAUAAAUACCUUAUCGACUACAGUGACUUCAGCCCUCAAAUUGAUUCAGACAUUUUCAAACUACCUGGAGGAAUGACCUGUGGUGACUUUCCUGGUCCUGGUCUGGAGCAUCAUUUAUUGGCCAACCCCAUCCAAGACCUUCUCCACACCUCCCCCGUUGGUCACGCCCACCGUAUGUUUGGCCACUUUAAGGAGAAGUAUGAGCGUAAAUAUGAAAAUGAAAAGGAGCAUGAGGAGCGUGAGCACAACUUUGUACAUAAUAUUCGGUAUGUGCACUCUAUGAAUAGAGCAGGUCUUUCUUUUUCCCUCUCUGUCAAUCACCUGGCUGAUCGGUCACAGGAAGAGCUGGCCAUGAUGAGAGGACAUAAAAGGACUCAUGUUCACAAAAAUGCUCAGCAUUUUCCCUCUGAAAUCCGCUCUAUAGCCACCCCUGAUUCAAUAGACUGGAGGCUCUAUGGUGCUGUGACACCAGUGAAAGACCAGGCUGUGUGUGGAUCCUGCUGGAGCUUUGCCACCACUGGAACACUAGAGGGAGCACUUUUCCUGAAGACGGGACAGCUGACGUCAUUGUCCCAGCAGAUGCUGGUCGACUGUACAUGGGGAUUUGGAAAUAAUGGUUGUGAUGGAGGAGAGGAAUGGAGAGCUUUUGAGUGGAUGAUGAAACAUGGUGGCAUUUCUACAACGGAGAGCUAUGGAGGAUAUAUGGGCAUGAAUGGUUUGUGUCACUUCAAUAAGUCCUCCAUGGUGGCAAAGUUGAGCGGUUACACUAAUGUGACCAGUGGUGAUAUUGUGGCACUGAAGGCUGCUAUCUUUAAAUUCGGCCCUGCAGCAGUCAGCAUUGAUGCUGCUCAUCGGUCCUUCGCCUUCUACAGCAAUGGAGUGUAUUACGAACCAGCAUGCAAAAACGGGACUGAUGACUUGGAUCAUGCUGUGCUAGCAGUUGGUUAUGGGAUAAUGAAUAAUGAGCCGUAUUGGCUAGUGAAGAACUCCUGGUCCACUUACUGGGGCAAUGAUGGUUAUAUACUGAUGUCCAUGAAAGACAACAACUGUGGUGUGGUCACUGAUGCUACUUAUGUGACAUUAGCUUAAUAUACUCAUACAAUAAUUGUUUUUGACUAUUUUAAUUGCAGAUGCUGUACAAGUGAUCACAGUUUUAUUGUGCAUCAGUUGGAAUGUCAAUAAAUGGAAAAUCUUAAUAAUAAAAUGCUUGUUCA